GAUGCCAGAUGUAAUGAUGCUUCUCCAACGGAGCCGGAUCCGAAGGGUUUGGUGUCUCUGGUCUGUGUGAGGGGCAAAAUCGGAAACCCACCUCCUAUAAAUUCCACCGAGCUUCUCAUGCUCUGACCAUGUCGUUGCCAUUUCUCUCUGAAAGUCUCUGCUCCUCUUCUCCGUGUUCUUCACUGCUAAUCUUCGGAGGCUACGAAAAUGGUGAAGAUCUGUUGUAUUGGAGCCGGAUAUGUCGGUGGCCCGACCAUGGCAGUUAUUGCACUGAAAUGCCCAGACAUUGAAGUGGCAGUUGUGGAUAUCUCUGUUCCUCGUAUCAAUGCCUGGAACAGCGACCAGCUUCCCAUCUACGAGCCAGGUCUCGACGACGUCGUGAAACAGUGCCGUGGCAGGAACCUUUUCUUCAGCACCGACGUGGAGAAACACGUCAGGGAAGCUGACAUCGUCUUUGUCUCUGUCAACACCCCGACUAAGACGAGGGGUCUUGGAGCCGGCAAAGCUGCGGACCUGACUUACUGGGAGAGCGCUGCCCGUAUGAUCGCUGAUGUGUCUGAAUCCGACAAGAUUGUGGUCGAGAAGUCGACUGUCCCGGUCAAAACUGCCGAAGCCAUAGAAAAGAUUCUGACCCACAACAGCAAGGGGAUCAAGUUCCAGAUUCUGUCGAACCCCGAGUUUCUCGCGGAGGGAACCGCAAUCGAGGACCUUUUCAAACCGGACCGGGUCCUCAUCGGAGGCCGGGAAACUCCAGAAGGGCUAAAAGCCGUCCAAGCUUUGAAGUCUGUCUACGCUCACUGGGUCCCCGAAGACUGUAUCCUAACCACCAACUUGUGGUCGGCCGAGGUUUCCAAGCUGGCGGCCAACGCCUUCUUGGCACAGAGGAUUUCAUCCGUCAACGCCAUGUCGGCUCUAUGCGAAGCCACCGGAGCCGACGUCAUGGAAGUGUCCUACGCCGUCGGUAAGGACUCGAGAAUCGGUCCCAAGUUCUUGAAUGCGAGCGUCGGGUUCGGCGGCUCGUGUUUCCAGAAAGACAUCCUGAAUCUGGUUUACAUCUGCGAGUGCAACGGCCUGCCCGAGGUAGCGGAAUACUGGAAACAAGUGAUCAAGAUCAACGAUUACCAGAAGAGCAGGUUCGUGAACCGGGUCGUCUCCUCCAUGUUCAACACGGUCUCGAAUAAGAAGGUUGCUGUUCUUGGGUUCGCCUUCAAGAAAGACACGGGGGACACCCGGGAGACGCCGGCCAUCGACGUGUGCAAGGGCCUGUUGGGAGACAAAGCACGGCUAAGCAUAUACGACCCGCAGGUGACGGAGGACCAGAUCCAGAGGGACCUGACCAUGAACAAGUUCGACUGGGACCACCCUCUUCACUUGCAGCCCAUGAGCCCGACCACCGUGAAACAAGUGACGGUCACGUGGGACGCGUACGAGGCGGCAAAGGACGCUCACGGGGUUUGCAUCCUGACCGAGUGGGGCGAGUUCAAGAACCUCGACUACCAGAGGAUCUUCGACAAUAUGCAGAAACCGGCGUUCGUGUUCGACGGAAGGAACGUGGUCAACGCGGAGAAGCUAAGAGAGAUUGGGUUCAUAGUCUACUCCAUUGGUAAGCCACUCGACCCAUGGCUCAAGGACAUGCCGGCCGUGGCUUGAAGGGGGGUGGGGGUGGCUCUGGUUAUGGUGAUGACGUGGCAACCGAUCUGCACGGCCCGAUUCUUUUUCUUGAUAUCUAUUUUCUUCGCUCAUUUCUGAAAUAUCUUUUUUAAAUCUUUAUUCAUAUAAUUUCUGUAUGUGAAUCGUGAGACUCUUUUUUGUUACAUUUUUCAUGAGAGUGAUUUUUUUUUUAGUUAAUAAAAUCAGUUUCUUCUUAA